AUGAAUUCGCCCAUCCCUCCACUCAGUCCGGGCAUCCUGGGCGGACAUUCCAUAAGUAUUCUAAACAAGCGAGCCCUAACCUCCCAGCUCUUCAGAUCAAUCUGGACCAAAAGAAGACCUUUCGUAGUCACCCAAGUCCUCGAUGACUCCCAGAUAUCGUGGACUCCGCAACACCUGUGCAGCAAAUAUGGUACCGAACCCUGUGAAGUAGAGGACUGUGAGGGAUCCGGCACGACUAGCGUUUCGACGGUGGGGAAGUACUUCUCACAAUUCGAGAUCCCGCGCAGCAACCGGCAUACCAUCUAUAAGCUUAAGGACUGGCCGCCCUCUGAACGCUUCGACUCUGUACAUCCUGAACUUCACGCGGACUUUGUCAAAAUCCUUCCUGUCCCAGACUAUACAGCCCCCUCAGGAAAGAUGAACUUGGCAUCACACUUCCCCCUCAAUAGCGUAGCCCCCGAUAUCGGCCCGAAACUUUACAGCGCCCUCGAGUCCCUGCUCGAUGACAAACAUCAUGGGUCGACAAGACUGCAUCUCGAUCUAGCGGAUGCUGUAAACAUAAUGACUUAUGCUGGACUCGCCGCAAAUGGACUGCCGGGUUACGCCACCUGGCACAUAUUCAGAGCCGACGACGUCGAGAAGCUGCGCGAAUAUCUUUCGGCGAAGCAUGCAGAGGGUGAUAUCUUAGGAGACGUCAUCCAUAACCAGCAGACUUUCCUCUCGCCUUCCAUGCUCCAAGAACUUCGUCAGAAGCACGGUGUCUAUCCAUACGUAGUGCAGCAGCAUGUGGGAGAAGCAGUUUUCAUCCCAGCCGGCUGCGCCCAUCAGGUUUCAAACCAGGCCGACUGCAUCAAAGUCGCAUGCGACUUUGUGAGCCCGGAAUCUAUCCCCACGUGUCUGCACCUUGCGGAACAGUUCAGGCUGCAACGGAUGGCUCACGAAUGGCCUCACGACGUCCUGCCAGUGGAGUUGUUGCUGUACUACUCAUGGCUUUGUUGCGAAACAGUCGCACUGUACGUCAUCGCUAAAACAAGUUGCUCUCUACACUCACCAUGCAUACAGGACAAAGUGCUCGAGCAGUCCUCCGGAAGCCCCCUCGUUUGCUUGCCCCAUUCCUCAAUGUUCUAA